AUGUCGACUGUUCUAACGACUGAUCGAAAUCUGGUUGAUAUAGCAAACAAGGCGACCAAUGUUACGGAAUUUCUUGGACCUUCGAUAAGUUAUAGUCGAGAAAACUUCAAUUCAGUCAUCGAAUACUACUCCGUCGAAUCUCUUCCGGUUGACUUAAAAAAAUGGACCUAUCAAUUGCUAAAGGAAAACAUGAAGAAAUUUUAUGAAAAUUCAAAUUUAGGUUGGAGUUCUGUCAAGAAGAGAAAGGAAUUGCGCGAGGCCGGCGCGCGCUACCUUAUUGCGAGACAAAUUGACAAGUCAGAAUCGAAUAACUUAGCCGGAAGACCACUUGGUUUUGUCAUGUUUCAAUUCACGUGGGAAGAGAUCAUGACGGACGACCAAGAGGUUGAAGUCAUUUACUGCUAUGAAAUACAAUUGAUCAAAGAGGCAAGAAGGAAAGGAUUAGGAAAAUUCCUGAUAAACACAAUGGAGAAAAUCGGUAAGCAUUGGGGAAUGAAGAAAAAAAACACGGCAGCGUCUGAGUUUUAUCAUAAACACCUAGGUUACGAGAUAGACGAAAUUUCGCCAAGCAAGAUUCUCA